UGUCCCAGUUUAAAAUGGUGAAUUACUCUUAUGAUGAAGACCUUGAGGAACUGUGUCCAGUCUGUGGAGAUAAAGUGUCUGGGUACCAUUAUGGACUUCUCACCUGUGAAAGCUGCAAGGGAUUCUUUAAGCGAACAGUCCAGAAUAACAAAAGGUACACAUGUAUAGAAAAUCAGAAUUGCCAGAUUGACAAAACACAGAGAAAACGAUGCCCUUACUGUCGAUUUCAAAAAUGUCUAAGUGUUGGAAUGAAAUUGGAAGCUGUGCGAGCUGACCGAAUGCGUGGCGGUCGAAACAAGUUUGGACCAAUGUACAAGAGAGACAGGGCAUUGAAGCAGCAGAAGAAAGCUCUUAUCCGAGCAAAUGGACUUAAACUGGAAGCCAUGACUCAGGUGAUCCAAGCAAUGCCGACUGACCUGACAAUAUCCUCUGCAAUCCAGAACAUCCAUUCUGCCUCCAAAGGCCUACCUCUGAACCACACUGCCUUGCCUCCUACAGACUAUGACAGAAGUCCCUUUGUAACCUCUCCAAUUAGUAUGACAAUGCCGCCCCAUGGCAGUUUGCAAGGUUACCAAACCUAUGGCCAUUUUCCAAGCCGUGCUAUCAAGUCCGAGUACCCUGACCCUUACACUAGUUCACCAGAGUCAAUAAUGGGCUACUCAUACAUGGAUAGUUAUCAAACAAGCUCACCAGCAAGUAUUCCACAUCUGAUACUGGAACUCCUGAAAUGUGAGCCAGAUGAGCCGCAAGUGCAAGCUAAGAUCAUGGCAUAUCUGCAGCAAGAGCAAGCCAACAGAAGCAAACAUGAGAAGCUCAACACAUUCGGGCUUAUGUGUAAAAUGGCUGACCAAACCCUCUUCUCCAUUGUUGAGUGGGCUAGGAGUAGCAUCUUUUUUAGAGAACUUAAGGUUGAUGACCAAAUGAAGUUGCUUCAGAACUGCUGGAGUGAACUCUUAAUUCUAGAUCACAUUUACCGGCAAGUGGUACAUGGGAAAGAAGGCUCUAUCCUCCUGGUUACCGGGCAACAAGUGGAUUAUUCCGUAAUAGCAUCCCAAGCUGGAGCCACCCUCAACAAUCUUAUGAGCCAUGCACAAGAACUAGUAGCAAAGCUUCGUUCCCUGCAGUUUGAUCUACGAGAAUUUGUAUGUCUCAAAUUCCUGGUGCUCUUUAGUUUAGAUGUCAAAAAUCUUGAGAACUUCCAGCUUGUGGAAGGUGUUCAGGAACAAGUGAAUGCUGCUCUGCUGGACUACACAAUGUGUAAUUACCCACAGCAAACAGACAAAUUUGGGCAGCUUCUCCUGCGACUACCAGAAAUCCGGGCCAUCAGUAUGCAGGCCGAAGAAUACCUCUACUACAAACACCUGAACGGGGAUGUGCCAUGUAAUAACCUUCUCAUUGAAAUGCUGCAUGCAAAGAGAGCAUAA